AUGUCACUCAUUCUCAUCGUUUUACUGCAAUUAUCACUCCUUUUGCGCAAUGUCAUUUCAACCUGCUCCACUACCUCGGACGUAGAAUUUACAUUCUACGGCUUCCCUGAUGGUCCAUCUGACACCACUUCGUUCGGCUGUUCGGGUACGACUCAAGUCGCUGAUGGUACCGCAGGGGGUGACGGCUCCUACGGCAACCCCGAGACCUUCGCUACCGCCCUAAGCAACACCAACUUCGUUCCCUGCGAGAUCAUUUACAUCCCCCUGUUGCAGAAAUACUUCCAAUACAUGGACCACUGCGAAGAAUGCAACGUAUUGUACCCCGAAACCACCCGCAUCGACCUCUGGAUCGGGACCGACGUCAAUGGCGGACUGAAGCAAAUCGCCUGUGAAGAUGCAUACGGACUGAAAACGGGCCAGACAAUCGUCCACAACCCGCCUAGCACGUUGCAAGUCAACGGUGGCCAGCUGUGGGACAAUGAUAGUGGCGCUUGCAACGAUGAUUCUCUGGUCUUUCCGAACUACUCGAUUUCCGAGGCCGAUAUGUGUGCUGGGGGCUCUACGUCUAGUUCUGGCGGAAUACCAGCCGGUAGUCCGGCUCCGUCGAGUACUAGUCGCGCAUCUGCUCCUCCCGCAUCUACGCCAUCUACGCCCGCUAUCUCACCAAACAGCGGAGCACCAAGUAUGGGAUCCGGCGACACUAGCCUCGAAAAGGAGAAGCUCGACACCGUUGCUAAUGUCGACACCGUCAAUAAGGUUGCUGACCUUAAGGUGAACAAGCCAUCACCCACAACCUUCGCUACCGUCGUCUCAGCUACCCCCAGCACAUCCACAUCUUCCGUACCGAGCCCGUCUGGCUCAGCGUCCGGAUCACCAUCAUCAACAGAUUGCGGCGUCACAGCCGAAUGGCCGACUGCGUGGCUGGGUCACUGCGUCGGUACUCCGUGUCACGAUUUCAACGACUGUUCCGGCGAAUUGAUCUGUCAGGGCUGGCCUAAACCUGUCUGCACGAAUCCGGCGAAUGGGAACUAA